AUGGCUCAAGAAGGAUAUGAUCGAAGGACCCUGGACGUGGCGUCCCUCUCCCAAGAACCCCCAAGACCCCCCAAGCUUUGCCCAAGCCCGUUGCCCAAGACUUUCACGACAUCCCCCCAGGUCUCCCAAGAGCGUCCAAGACGUCCAAGACCUGCCAUCAAGAAGGACAAGAAAAAUCAAGAGAUCUUGCCCGAAAGCUUGUCGCCGUCCGGGGAAAUGCACACCAUCUCUGCAGCCUUCAAGAGAGGCGCUGAAGCUAUCAGAGCCUCACGUCUGUUCAACAUCAGAGGUGGCUCUUGGGUCUUGAGAGUGAGGCAGAGGGUAUUGAUGUUGUCCCCCACCCAUCAAUGCAGCCCUGCUCUGCUACGGAGACCAACCCCUGUCUGUCCUUUCUCCCCUCUCUCUCCCCCAGCCCGUCUCUCCAACUCUUAUCAGCCAGAUUGA